CGGUGUGGACGUGUUUGCAUAGUGGAAACUGUCGUUACAAACGCUGGAAGGAAGGGAGCGUCAUGCGGGAACAUCGACAAGGGAGUUUUCUUUAAAAAAAAAAAGGGUUGUGCAAUAUAAUCCAUCGCAGCAGUGCGUUUGAUGCAAGCCUCGGGGACAAAGGAACCAAACACUUGAGUGGUGUGGAGCUCAAAAAUAAGAGGCUUUAGGAGGCUCGUGGUCGGCUCACAACGUCAGCGCGUUUUUUAUUUUAACGUUUUUUCUUUUUACGCUGCAAACAAACUUAGGGGACACAUUUCUGACAUCUUGUGUUUUUUUUAUUAACUUCCUUGCUGCAUUUUCAUUGAUGAUCAGAUAUCUCGACCACCGCUGGAUGUAAGCCUUUAACAGUUUCUUACCAAAUAUAGCCACUGUUAAUGCCGGAGCGGAGCGAGCCUAGAUUGGCUAUUGGAGGCGCUGCCAAAGUUUAUAAUUAAAUACUCAGAUUGUUUUGAGUCAUUGGGUUGUUUUGGGGUUUGCUUGUUGUUGUUUUUUUGCCUGAUAAUUUUAGUCUAAUUUACAAGUUGGAUAAGAAGAAGCGAGAAGCUGACCGCGGUCAUAUUUUUCUGCCCAUUGUGAACUGAAGCAUGUUGAUUUAAAACCGCUCCGUAGCCAAUGACUGCUCUCAACAGAAGCCAUUUUUAAGUCUUUGAUUUACAAGCUUGUUUUUGAGUCUCUGAACACGAGCUGCUCAACCGGCUCCGGCUCUGCAGCGUUAACCUGUGCACAUACAUUUUUUUUCUUUUUUUUUUUUAAACACGAUUGUCUCUCCAACAAUGACUUUUUGUGCGUCUGACUCUGGGCGCGGUGGAUGUGCCAUGGCUCUGGUAUUCCUCUCCAUCUGUGUGUUGGUGCUCGGGUCGUCGGUGGGCUGGGCUGGAGCUGAGCAGGCCGAUCAGACCGCGGGAAGCCCACCACCUGUCACCCUCCAUACUCUGAUCACCGGAACCUGCCAGGAGGUCCAGCAUUACGCGGAGUCGGUGGUGGGAAGCGGCGUGAUACGGUCAGCUGCUGAGAGUGCAGUGUUGUUUCUUGAGUCUUUGCUUGGUCAGGAGAACAUCUAUACAGUGGCCAUGUUUUUAGAGAUGGUGAUUCGAUUCCUGGCUGAAGGAGCUGCCAGCGGCCUGAACGUCAUCGCUGUUUAUGUCACAGAGAUCCUCAGGGUCACAGGAUUCGACGUUGCACUGACGUUGCCGCGCUUCACUCCAGAGGGCGUGACCGCCAUUGCCAAGUGGGGUCUGGUGGCCCUGAUUGGCUACUGGGUGCUGACCAUUGUUCUCCGUCUGUUCAUCUGCGUGGUGAGGCGAGUGUUCUGGGUGGUGAAAACCGUCUUGUCGCUCUGGCUUUUCGGACUGAUUGUGACCGACAAGACUGCCACUGCGGACACCACGGCGGUUCGACUGGGCGGCCUGGUGCUGGGAUGCGUCCUGUUGACUCUGCUCACUUCGGGCUCUGAAAAGACUUGUGUAGUGGACAACCGGCUGAGCAGCCUGGAGGGCCGGCUGAAAGCAGUAGAGAAGAGGAAAGGGGAAUAGUGACCGGAGAGGGUGGAGGGGAAAGGAGUUAAGAUGGACAAAGGUUAAUGUCGGUUAAGAAAAUAGUUAAAAUUGAUGGUUUCUAUAUGUGUGUCAAACUAUCAUGGGAAAUAAAGUCUCUGGGAUUUUUAAUCAGAAA